CGACGACCCGUUCUUCUUCCCCUUCCACCCCGCCAUUGAUUCCUCCUCCUCCUCGCUUCGCUGCUCGAGAGCUCAAUGAUUCGAUUCAGAGGUUGACCAUGGUGUCCACGAUGUACAAGGAGGCGGCCGCCACUUGCGGCGACGGGGAGCACUACUCGCGGCUCAUCCGGGAGCUGUGCGCGCUGCUCGCCGCCAUCAUCUCCCCCUCCUCCUCCUCCUCCACCGCGGCGGCGGCGAGGUCUCCGGGGAUGUCGCCCGCGGCGGCGGCGACGAUGCUGCUCGGCGCGUCGGUGGCGCUGAUGCUGUGCGGGUCGGUGACGUUCGCGAUCGGGCUCCUCCUCAUGCCGUGGGUCGCCGGCGUCGCGCUGCUGUUCGGCCUCUCCGCCGCCGUCUCCACCCUCUCCUCCGGCGUCUUCGGCAAGGCCGCCGCCGCCGCCUCUUCUCCGGUGAGCCACGCUUCUUCGGAUAAUAAGCCUGUAUUAGUGGUAGCUUAGGAGAUUGAUCAUUAGCCUUUAAUUGGUUGGUGAUCCCUUUGUAAAAAGAAAAACGCAUCCUCUUUUUGUUGUUGUUGUCCUCUGAAUUAUUGAGAUGCUCUGCUUCUUUGUUCGUUGCAUGAUGCGUCCAAAAGGAUGAAAAAAAAAGAGAAUUGUUCUUUCAUCCGGAUAGUUUCUCACAAACACGUUCAUGUAUUAAUCACACAACGUUUUGCUUCUUGAUCCGCAAA